AUGGACAUAAUUACAGAUAACGCAGUAACGAAUGCAGCAUUCAUUGUAAAAACACCCAAAAAUUCAUUUAACCAACCAUUUCAUCCGACUACCAAAAUUUAUGGGUCAUAUGCACAAUCCAUUAAUGGUCCAGGACACGUAGCAAAUAUAGAGCUCAACACAAACAUAUCAUCAAUAAAUCCUGAUAACUUCGAAUAUGUUCAAAACAUCCAAUGUGGCCAAGAUGGAAAAAUCACUCUAACGUUAAGUAACGAAACGGCUCUUCAUGAUGUACUAAAUUGGCCAUCAAAGGUCAUCAUAUUGAUUAGCGACAAAUGGAAAUGCUUUGGACAAUCAACAACGCAAUUUUAUUUAGUAGGAAACCAAUCAAUCGAUGAAAUAAAGAAACAAGUCAAUUUUACAUCUGAACCUUGUGAAGUUUUAAAGUGGACAGAAAGUUAUUCAUUUGAUCUCGUAUGGGAUCAAUCUAUAAAACCACUUAAAAAACGAACAAAAAACUUAUACCUUCGAGAUUUGGAUCAACAAACUAAAAUUGAUCUUAGCAUUUUAUUUGAUUCAAAAACAGGUUCAUCAUCUAAACCAAACUUCACAAUGUCAAUUGGACAAAACGACACAAGUGAAUCUUUAGUAUGCACAAAUUGUUUCACAAAUGGAUCUGCUACAAUUGGUCUACAUGCUUCAGGCACUCCCUUAAAUAUAACAAACGCUACAAUUUCAAUAACAGGAAAUCUGAGUAUUAAUGUUGAUAUCGCCGUAUCGGCUUCCGUAACGAUCAAACCGUUUUCAUCCCCCGAUAUUCAAAUCAUCGAAAUUCCAUUAACUUCUUUAAGCGUACCCGGACUUUUCAACUUAGGUCCCGCGCUGAUUUUGGUAGCAAAUGCUAAAGUAGCUACUAGUUUAACCGGAACAUUGAAUACUGGCGGUGAAAUUUCAUUCAAUAACUUUCAACUUCAAGCUUCAUUAAUCGAUAAAAAAACCAAUGUAACGGGAUUUGAUAACCCAAAAAUCAAAUCCCACAAACCCUCAACUGAUGUCGAAGCUUCAGUCGGAAUUUCAGGAACUUUGAAACCUCAACUAGCACUCGAUAUAAGCAUAUUGACUGGUCAAGUACAAUUUAAAACGGGAAUUCAGGUUGAAGGUACUUUAGGUGUCACUGCAUCUGUUGGUAAUGGAAACGGUUGUAAAAAAAAUAAUCCAUUAAAUUUGAAGAGCACAUUAGAUGGGGAUGUGGGAUUUUUUGUUGAGAGUUUUGAAAAACCUGUUUUUAAGUUUCCUUCUCUGGAAUUGG